CUUUUCGUCUCAUUAUCCAGCCUUCUUUCCGACCUAGCCCAAAUUUUGACCUAACUUAAAAUUCCAAUCUUCACCAUGCUUAAGGCAGUCGCUCUCAUCGCCCUCCUCGUCUCCGCCGCCACGGCCUCCGCCAUCCAUGGCGCGUCCCUCGUCCAGAAGGGAAUCGCCCCAUUCGAUGCCACCACUUUGGGCGUAGUUAAUCCAGCACACAGAUGUGGAGGUGUCGGAACUCCCCUUCAGCUCCGUAUCUCCAACUGCGAGGGAAGAUGUCAACUCGUCCCUGGACAAAUCUACAAUUGCGAGAAGGACUUCAUGCCCAGCUCCGCUGCCCCAUCACUCACCUUGAAGAUUGAGAUUUGCAUGUCUGCCGGAUUCUGCAUGGUCAUCUUGGAGACCGAGCUCCCCAAUUCUUCCGUCCAGCCAGGAUUUAUCUACACGGCCAAGUACUCCAUUGUCCCCAACGAUAUCCUCUCCGGACAGACCGUAGAAUUCCGCGCAUAUAUAAGCCAUACCAACAAUCUUCUCUUGGAAAUCUGCGUCUCCGCAGAAAUCGACAUCUUGUAAAGAAAGAGAGUUGAGCCGAAAUGAGACCAUGUGAUACAUAAUUAGCUAAUAAAAUGUCCUAGAGACAAAAAUUCCAUCAA